AUGGAACCAGGAGUCAGGAGCGCAACCCGCUGGGCCGCUGUGGGUCCCUCGCCGUCGAGUUCGAAGGAGCAGGGGAGAACGACGCUGGGUUUGAGGGAGGCAGAGGUGGUGUGGUGCGAGGUGGGAGGCGAGUUGUUCGAGUCACCUUUGCUGAGCCGUAGCGCCGCCGCCACCGUGUCUCUCACUGCUGUGUGUCGCCGUCCAAGGAAGAGGGAGAGUCACGAUGGAGCUCCCCUUCUGUUUCUCCAGUCGCGCAAGAAGGAGGCGCGCUGUGAGGGAGAGCCGUCACGUUUCUGCCGUCGCCGGUUCACACGCCGCCCCUGUGCUCCUUGCAGCAGCGCCGCCGCUGGAAGAGGAGGGCUCGCCAGUUCUGUCUCUCACUGCCGCCUCCGUCGGAACUGCCGCCAUGGCCGCCGGAGCUCUGGGCUGAGUUUCUGCCACAUGAGACCCUGCUGCCGUCACCGGGAAAGUAUGCCGGUAAGGGUUUCAAACUUGGUCUUCGUUUCUUGUGAGAUUAUGGGAAUCUUAUUGUCGCGGCAUGUUGGUUUCAGUCACCGUUGCCGGAGUCGGGUCGCCGCAGCCACUGGGGGUGGCUGCUGGGGCUACCGCCCAACUGGUUCAGAGGCCGUUGCUGUUUGGUUCAGCCGUUCUUUCUUAGUUUCAGAGCUAGAAUCCGGUUUGCUUGUGCCGUUUGGGGCUGUUUCUGCUUUUGAGAGUGCGGGCAGAGCCGAGAUUUUGAUUGCUGGUGAUGUCGGGUCGAGAUAAAAGUUGGUUAACGAGUUGGGUUGUGGUUCCAAUGUUGUGAGGUAGGGGCGCUUUCCAAAAACUAUAUGUUAUAUAUUGGAAUUAUUACAUAUGGAUACUGAUGUGAGUGAAUGUGUAUUUGGUGAUUGUAUCGGC